AUCAGUUUCAGUUGCGCGUGAAGCAUUCUCGCGCACCUUCCCAUUCCUCCGCCCUCCGCCCUCCGCCCUCCCCCCUCCAAACACGCUCUGUUUGAAUUUCGCUGCCCUCGUGGGCUGUCAGUGCGCCUGCUCGCGCUGCUCGGGCAGCCUGAGUGCGGGCUGCGUGUGGUGGCAGGCCCCCGUCAAAAUGGGUCUAAAACAAUGUGGGGUGUGAAUUUUAAAAACAAGAUUCUACUCCCGUUUUUCCCCCCCUUUCUGCCCGUUCUUUUUCCUCUUCUACUCGUAGAUGGUUUCCAGUGGACUUCCGGCUGACUUUUCAAAUAUGAAGGAGAUGAUUGGCGGCUGUUGCGUUUGCUCAGAUGAGAGAGGCUGGGCUGAGAACCCCCUAGUUUACUGUGACGGACACGGUUGUAAUGUUGCCGUUCAUCAAGCAUGUUAUGGCAUUGUGCAAGUUCCUACUGGACCAUGGUUUUGUAGAAAAUGUGAAUCGCAAGAAAGAGCAGCCCGAGUGAAAUGUGAACUUUGCCCUCAUAAGGAUGGUGCUCUUAAGAGGACUGACAACUGUGGUUGGGCCCAUGUGGUUUGUGCACUUUAUAUUCCAGAGGUGCAGUUUGCAAAUGUUACUACAAUGGAACCCAUUGUACUACAGUACGUUCCCCAUGAACGCUUCAACAAGACUUGCUACAUUUGUGAAGAACAAGGCCGUGAAAGCAAAGCAGCAACUGGUGCUUGUAUGACGUGUAAUAAACAUGGAUGUCGACAAGCUUUCCAUGUAACUUGUGCACAAUUGGCAGGACUUCUAUGUGAAGAAGAAGGUUCAGAAGCUGAUAAUGUUAAAUACUGUGGCUACUGUAAAUACCAUUUUGGAAAACUGAACAGAGGCAACCAUUCAUCUGGUGCAAAAUAUCAAGCUUUGAGUGAUUCCUCAUCGCAUUCUCGGGACAAAUCGGUUUCACUCCUGGAAAAGGAGAAAAAAAAACAGAAGGAUAGAGAUAAAUAUAGACAUCAAAAAAUCAAAAAAUCUUUGGAAUUGUCAUCCACUGUUCCAUCUCUCACUGUGACAACUGAAAAGACUUAUACGAGCACUAGCAGUGGCUUUAUAUCAGGCUCCUUGAAAAGGCUGGAAGAAACUACAGCCAGAUUUACAAAUGCGAAUUUCCAGGAAGUACCUACCCAAUCUUCAAGUGGGAAUGAUGAUGAAAUUAAAGGCUUUGAAGUCAAGGGGAAGAAAUCUGCAGGGUAUGGCUCAAACCAGAGAGGAAGGAAGCCAGGAAAGAAUUCGGCUUGUCUAUCUGUUACAACAGCAUCAUCGAGUCCUUUUUCACAAGGCAGUCUGUUAGGAACCCCGAGUAGUGUAAAAUCAUCAAGCAGUUCAGUCCAAUCGCCACAAGAGUUUCAAAGUUUCACCGAACCGGAUGUAAUGAAUGAUGGUUACAGUCAUUCUCAGCAGCCGUCAACCAGAGAAACAAAUAAAGGAGAAACAAUUGACCAAGAAAGGACAGUAAUUAAUGUUAGCCCUAUUGUGGGGCUCACACCUACAUCGUCCGGACCUCCCCAAACAAUAAGUAUUGAAAAUUCAAAGCACUCUGAGGAUGCUUGUGAUUAUGGAAACCCUGAUACUGUUGGAACUUCAAGUGGAUUGCCAGGUUAUAAAAGGGUUCAAGCUUCAGUCAUGGAGGAAGAAACAAUAAAAGAAAAAAAACGAAAGGGAACUAAAAGAUAUAAACAUGGACCUGGUAGACCAAAAGGAAGUAAAAAUAAAGAGAGUAUUUCCCAGCCCUCCCUUUCUUCUGCAUCACCCUCAUCAUCUGUGAUCUCUGCUGCAGGAAGUGGGACAAGUGCAAGUCUGCAGAAAUCACCAUCUUUACUGCGGAAUGGUAGUUUACAAAGCCUUAGUGUGAACUCAUCUCCAGCUGGUUCAGGAUUUUACACAAGUAAUGAUGUUCCAGUUUCAGUACCAAAUACAGUACCAGGAUCUGGUUCCAGUACUCCACUUUCCAGUUCUAUUUUGGCUCCUCAAAGUACAGCCCAUUCACAGCAGAUGAGCACAUCACCUUCAGUCACAAUUUCUGUUGCAGCUGUGAUUUCUACAACCCAGGCAAGUGCACUACCUGGAUCAUCUUUUAAUCUAGCACCAUCUCACAUGUUUGGAAAUCAAUUAAAUCCUAAUUCGGCAAUGGCAGCUUUUAUUGCACAAUCUGAAACCAGUCCAGCAGAUCAAGAUAUAGACAACAGCCAUAGUGUUCCUGGGAGGAGCAGUUCACCAAGAGGAAGUCUCUCACCACGAUCUCCUGUGAGUGGCUUACAAAUUCGUUAUGAUCAGUCAAGUAACAGUGUCUUAGAGAACUUGCCUCCAGUUGCAUCCAGCAUAGAACAGCUAUUAGAAAGACAGUGGAGUGAAGGACAACAAUUUCUUUUUGAACAGGGCGGUCCAAGUGAAGUAGUUAUGGGAAUGUUGAAAUCUCUACAUCAACUUCAAGUUGAGAAUCGCCAGCUGGAGGAACAAAUCAAAAGUUUGACAGCUAAGAAGGAACGCCUCCAACUUCUAAAUGCUCAGCUCUCGGUACCUUUUCCAGUUGUGAGUUCAAAUGCAAGUUUAACAACCCAAAUUCACCCAUUCACAGUACAAGCUGUCCACAACGCAACAUCCUUGAACAGUAGCAAGGGUCCACAUCUGAGCAACAGCUUUCUACCUGAAAGCUCACAUGCAAUAUCAAACCAGGACCGAACUUCCUGUGGACAUAGUACUGGCAGUUCUUCUCUUGCCAGUCCAACCACUACUGGACAAAGUCCAUCUCUGCAAGGAGUUAACUGUAUAUCAAGAGCACUGGCUAGUGGCAUGCAAACGAUGGCCUCCACCAUGCCUACAGUGUCUUCAGUUGGUGGAUUGAUGGGAACUUUACCAGGAAACCAGCUGGGAGUCAAUGGAUUUGUUGGUACUUUGAAUGGAGUUGUACAGACUCCAGUGUCAAUAUCACAAAAUCCAAGUCCACUGUCGCAUGCAACUGUGCCACCAAAUGUAACUUUUCCAAUAUCUACCAAUAUAACCAACAGCAUGCCAGGACUGAACUUACUUUCUGAACAACAGAGACAAUUGUUACUCCAACAACAACUUCAACAAUUGUUACCAUCCCAGCAACUCACUCCAGAACAACAUCAGGCUCUGUUUUAUCAGAUAAUGCAGCAACAGCACCACCAACAUCAGCAUGAGCUGCAGCAGCUACAGAUUACUGGGACAACACACAUUCCUAUGAGUAACCUACUGGCAAGUGCCCAGACACAGCCACUUCACUCAGCAACUCCUAACCCUUUCAUAUCCAUUCAUAGUGAAGCUUCCACACCAAAAGUUCCAAGGCUCAAUGAAAAAGGUAGCCCUGUCACACAAGAGAAGAGUUGACACAGGACCUUCAAAUUCCAGAAUGUGUUUUGUUGUAGCAGCUCAACCAGCUGCAUAAUGGAUGAAUCUUACUCGGUGUUUAGUUGGAAUAAUUGUGGAAAAUACACUGGUUGUCACACUAGAACAUAGAACCAAAAUAAACUUCCAUAAGCCAUUCCUAAAUUGUCACAUGUGGUUUACUAGUUUUGCAGCUUAAUUGCACUAACAUAAAACUUUUGGUAUGGAGGAAUCUGAAAAAUAAAUUCAUUAUGACCACCCAUAAAACAUGAAUUAAUAAUAUUUUAUGCUUCUAUUUGUGUAUUUUGAUACUAGUGUAAUUACGAUUUUUAAAUGCAAAACUAAAUCUUAUAAAUGUCAAACUCAAGUUACAUUGCAAAAAAGUGACACAGUGAUUAUUCCUGGUCCUGCUGAUGUGAUGGACAGGCCUUGGGAUUUGCAUUUUCCAAGUUUUAUGUUGCAUGUAUUUUGUGUUGUUCUCUGUCCCUUUGCUGUGAAUGUUUCCAGGACCACUUCGAGCAUGGGUACUCAGUUGUGGUGCAAUAGGCUUCUGAGAGUUUUGGUCACUGGGGGACCAGAUCACUCUAUAAAAGAGGAAGAAAUGGAUUAGCCUGCUGCUGGGCAAGAUUCCUUUGAGAGAUGUGUUGGCUGUCAGCCUAACCAAGUGCCUGUUGUGAAGUCCAUUGUGAAAUAGCUCUGGACAGCUGAGUAUGCACUCAAUCACAAUUCCUGUUUCAACAGCAGGAAUUUUUCUUCUUGGAAAGAAUUCCCAGCUCUCCGUGGCCAAACCAGCCCCCUCUACAUAAACUUGCAGUUGGUAAUAAUUAGUUUCAAGGUUGAAUGUUGCACAGUUUGUAUCUCUCACCUGUAAAUAUGCUUUGUGAAUUUCAUAAUUCAUAGCAAAUUGAAAUAAAACAUCAAUAUUUUGGUUUGUAAUAUUUCUAAUUAGCAGUUAUGCAGUUGAGUGGGAAAGUAUCAUUUUAUUAAUUUAUUUUUAUACAUGCUGGGGAAUUUUAGAAAAAAAGCAUUAAGACCAACUGGAUUUUGUAGAUAUUGACAAAUAAAUCAGUGUGGUUCAUUUUAGAUUCUUACUUUCAACCCACUGAUUGAUCUCUAACAAACUUUGUACAGAUUUUGAAGACAUUUUGCUGUAGUGUUUAUUUUGCUUAGUUGUAAAAUAUCAAAUGUAUUGAAAAAUGAUAUAAAAGUUGUCUCAAUUAUUGUUAGUAAUAUUUGCUUAUGAGCAUACAUUACUGGUUUGCUAAUAAUUGAGUGGCUAAAACCAUUAUUACAAAUUAGGUUUUAUGAAAAAUGUACCUAAUGACUUCUUUACUGCCUCCUGUGGCCUACAACAAAAGUUAGCUUACAUUUUAUUUAUUUGUUGCUUAAAUAAUGGUGGUGUUGUAUAAAUAUUUUCUGAGUGCUUUUGGAUUCCAAAGAAAUUUUACUUGUGUUUUAACAGUUUUUGUAUGUUCAGUUUUUCAGCUGACCUAUUGUACAUGAAAAAUUAAGUUAUCUCAAAGUUAAU